AUGAGGGCUGUUGCGGUGAGAAUAAGGGCCCAGUUCACUCCUCAGCCACAGAGGAAUGUGCAGCCGUUCUGAGCUCAGCUGCUCCUGGCUCAGCAAGCAGGGCCUGGGAAGCAAUAGGGGCCCUGCUGGGAUUAUCAGUGCUCUCUGCUCAUCACUUUUUUUCUGGCACCAAUCCCUGCUCCUGUUUUCAUGGGUGAUACCACCGGGAGCUGGAGAAUGACUGGAACAGACCUAUCCCCUUAAGGAAGGAUGCUCUGGCUAUCCCCACUGUGCUAGGUCCCUUCUAGACGUCUCCAAGCUGGAAGUCAGCCCCGGGGCGGUGGGGCCCAGCCAGGAAAGCGUUAACCUUCCCUGCAAUGCUGCAUCCCAGCUCACGGUGGAGCUGCCUUCCUCUCUUCCACCCCCAACUUCCAAUUCACUCCAAACAACUCCGGGACAGAAUUGCAGGGAAAAGCUGGAGGCUCAGACUAGACUUGUUGAUCUCCGUUCCGAGGCAGCAGAAGGAAGCACCGAAGCUUUCCUUUGUGUCUGCACCGAGAGAGAGCCUGGGGGGGGCGGGGGCAGAUGCGGUUUCGGCGUUGACUGUAGGCAGGAGUGAGGAGCCGCCGCCGAGGGAAGGCCUUGGAAGGCUUCCUUGCGAAGGAUCCGAUUUACCUCGUUUCCCUUCCCCUCCCCCAGGGCUCCGCGGACAGCCGGGAGCGCUGCCGCCAUCCCUCCUCCUUGAGGCUGCCCGCGGGGGGAUGCGAGCGGGGCCGCCGCUGCUGCCCGCCCCGCCGCAGGAUGUAGCCACCCUCGGCCCCGCACAGCCCCGCACCGCCUCGCUGGGAGCCCGCAGGAGGAGCUCUGGGGCAUGGAGGGGAAGGAGAGGUGAGGAGAGCCGGUCCCCGCGCACCCUGCCCCACGCCGCACCUUGGAGCGUCCAGCCUGAGGGGGACCAGAGAUGCCUCUGGGGAUGAAUAAGCAUGGAUCUCGCUCUACUACCUCUUUGCCUCCGGACCCCACCGAGAUCGUCAGGAGCAAGGCCUGCUCCCGAAGGGUCAAGCUCAACGUGGGGGGGCUGGCCCACGAGGUUCUCUGGCGGACCUUGGACAGGUUGCCGCGGACCAGGCUGGGUAAGCUCAGAGACUGCAACACACACGACUCCCUUAUGGAGAUCUGUGAUGACUACAACCUGGAAGAGAAUGAGUACUUCUUUGACAGGCAUCCCGGGGCAUUCACCUCAAUCUUGAACUUCUACCGUACUGGCAAGCUGCACAUGAUGGAGGAGAUGUGCGCCUUGUCCUUCAGCCAGGAGCUGGACUACUGGGGGGUGGAUGAGAUCUACCUGGAGUCCUGCUGCCAGGCCCGCUACCACCAGAAAAAGGAGCAGAUGAAUGAGGAGCUGAAGAGAGAAGCCGAGACACUGAGGGAAAGGGAAGGGGAGGAAUUUGAUAACACUUGCUGUGCUGACAAAAGGAAAAAGCUCUGGGAUCUCCUGGAGAAGCCCAACUCCUCCGUAGCUGCCAAGAUUUUGGCAAUCAUUUCCAUCAUGUUUAUUGUACUAUCUACAAUUGCCUUGUCCCUUAACACACUUCCUGAACUACAAGGCAUGGAUGAAUUUGGGCAGACCACAGAUAAUCCCCAACUUGCCCACGUGGAAGCAGUGUGCAUUGCAUGGUUUACAAUGGAAUACCUCUUGCGGUUCCUAUCGUCGCCUAAGAAAUGGAAGUUUUUCAAAGGCCCGCUGAAUGCAAUUGAUUUGCUAGCUAUCUUACCGUACUAUGUCACUAUCUUCCUCACAGAAUCCAAUAAAAGUGUACUUCAGUUCCAAAAUGUACGACGAGUAGUCCAAAUAUUUCGGAUUAUGAGGAUACUCCGGAUUCUAAAGCUUGCUCGGCACUCAACAGGUUUACAGUCCUUGGGGUUUACACUGAGGAGGAGUUACAAUGAGCUUGGAUUACUCAUCCUGUUUUUGGCCAUGGGCAUUAUGAUCUUUUCCAGCUUAGUGUUCUUUGCAGAAAAGGAUGAGGAUGAUACAAAAUUCAAGAGCAUCCCAGCUUCUUUCUGGUGGGCAACAAUCACCAUGACAACAGUAGGCUAUGGAGACAUCUACCCCAAAACACUUUUAGGUAAAAUAGUAGGAGGACUGUGUUGCAUCGCUGGAGUGCUGGUGAUCGCUCUUCCCAUCCCAAUUAUUGUCAAUAACUUCUCUGAGUUCUACAAAGAGCAGAAGAGGCAGGAGAAAGCCAUUAAGCGCAGGGAAGCUCUUGAAAGAGCAAAAAGGAACGGCAGUAUUGUUUCCAUGAACAUGAAGGAUGCGUUUGCCCGUAGUAUAGAACUCAUGGACAUCGUGGUCGAAAAGAAUGGAGAAAGCAUAGCCAAAAAGGAUAAAGUUCAGGACAAUCAUUUAUCUCCCAGCAAAUGGAAAUGGACCAAGAGAACACUCUCUGAAACUAGCUCUAGUAAAUCUUUUGAAACUAAGGAACAAGGGUCUCCAGAAAAAGCCAGGUCAUCUUCAAGUCCCCAGCAUCUGAAUGUCCAACAGCUAGAGGACAUGUAUAACAAAAUGGCAAAGACGCAGUCCCAGCCAAACCUUAAUACAAAGGACUCGAGUCAACCUGGAAAGCAAAAGGAAGAGCUAGAAAUGGAAACCCUUCCUGGCCCUAUGGUGCCCUUGCUGACGACUCGCACUGAUGGGAUCAUUGACAUGAGGAGCAUGUCCAGCAUCGACAGCUUCAUAAGCUGUGCAGCAGAGUUCCCUGACUCCGGAAGGUUUUCCCACAGCCCGCUCGCUACCAUUCCCUGCAAAGGUGGCAUUAACAUGAUUCAGGAGCAGAGCAGGCCAGAGGGGAGCGGUGCCAGAUAUGUGGACAUGAACCCGAGCUCCGAAGGCAGCCACCGUUCUGCUUUUUUCAUAGAGAGUCCCAAAAGCUCGGUAAAGGCCAGUAACCCUUUAAAACUAAGAUCUCUGAAAGUCAACUUUAUGGAAGAGGACACCAGCACAUUAGUACCAGCAUCAAAUGUACUGAGAAUAUAUUCAGACCCCCUUAAGAGCCGGGGAGCUGCUGCUGCUGGCACAGAUACUUCCUUACUCUCUGACAGGUCUCUCAUGAGCCCAGAACCCUCCAUCUACACAACCGCGAGUGCGAGAACACCCCCAAAGUCACCAGAGAUGCAGUCAGCCAUAGCUUUCAACUUCCAUGAUGCUGGUAUACACAAAUACAUAGAUGCUGACACUGAUGAUGAAGGUCAGCUGCUUUAUGAUUCAAGUCCACCCAGAAAUGUGAGUCCCAAGUACAAUGUUACAAACAGUGGCUAUCUAAAGCAAAAAGACAAUGUUUAUAGAACAGACAAGAACCAUCUAGAAGCUGCUGCUUUACCCACCUCCCCUAAGCUGAUAGGGCAAAACUGCAUUUACUCUAUGGAAGGUAUCACUGGAAGAACCCAGGGCAAUCAGGAGACUGUCAGACUAGAAAAUCACAUUUCCCCAGAAGUCCACGUGUUACCAGGCAGUGGAGGACAUGCUAACACACAUGAUCAAAGCAUCUGAGAUGGGCUCCAAAAGAACUAACUGAAAGUUUAAAGGAAUGUCUUUAAAGUCAACACAAAAAAAAAAGAGCUUCUGCAUGGCAUGAACUUGGCUGAAACAAGCUACCUGUUUCUAAAAGUCUGGGGGAGGUCCAGUGUGGGUUUGUGAAAAUGUCCUUCUCUGAAACAACUCUAAAGACGUUGCCCACAUCAGUCAAAAGUAAGGAUUGCAAAUCAUGAUCACACAUUGAUCUCCUUUCAUGUUGUCCAGUGAAGCCAAUGUGACCAAAUAUCCAUCCAUUCCCCUUGAACACUAGAGCUCCUUUUGGAAAUAUUAAUAUCUGAUUUGCAUUAGUUCCAUAAAGGAUGCCAAGGCAGCCAGAUUUGAACUCUGGAAUAAAUUGCUGGGGUUGGUAUAAAGCUAUCAAAAACACAAUGCUCACUGCUUUAGGGCAGCUGUUCCCCAUCUACAUCUUUCUCUGAUGGAUAUUAUGUCUAAGGGUAACAGGGAACACUUGCAGUAUUGGAAAAUCUAAGUGAAAACCACUUAAAACAAAUAACAGUCUAGAGAAACCAAUUAUUAAAAUGCUCUGUGUGUGUUUAAACAAUAUGAUAUCCUGUAGGACCUGACGUUUUCUUUUGAAGUAUCAGCAGGGUGAGUUGCACCACUUGUACCUAAUUCCAAACAUCCCCUAGAACAUAGUGAAACUUGCACUUACCCUCUGCUAGAGAUCGAUACCUGCCCCAGGGCCAGCGCGUGGCCCGCGGGGGGACCCACAGCCCACGCUGGGAAGGUGUGAAGGAGCCAUGCAGAAGCAGGACUCUCCGGAGGCAUCGCAGCCAGACUCCCUUCCCGGUGCCGGGGAGCAUGGGGCUGGAAGGAGAGCUCCGCUCUCGCCUUGCCCUUCCGUGGUGGGGAGAUGCUCGCUGCCCUGCCCCACGGGGACGUGCCGGGGGUACCGGGGUGGCUCCCAGGCCUCCCCUUCCCACCGGCACGCUGACUCCAGGUCAGCCAAAGUCUCGCCCUUGGCGUAGGAGAGGAACCGGUCGGUUUGAAGCUUUUUGCGCCCGAGCGGCGCAGUGAAAGAUAUGCAAGUGUAACAUAAAUAUGCAAAUAGAGGGAUUCGUUAGCGACCCGCCCCGGGCCUGGCUGUGCUCUCUCUCGUGAGGAUGUCGGGCAGGAGAGGCUCCUGUGAAGCUGUAGCACGAAGCAGCUGCGAGAGACAGGAGACUCAGGCCUGAUGUUUUAAUAACAUCCAGUCAUUUUUAAAUGAAACAAGAAAAGAAAAAAAAAAAAGAAAAAGAAAAAAAAAAGGGAUCUGACCAUUUUAAAUGAACAGAACUAGCAGCCACCAGCCUAGGUUUUUAAAAUCUUAUUGUUUCAAUAAAGUUAUGUCAAAUUGUGUAGGAAAUAAUUUGUCUUUGGUUUUUAAUCUCGGGAGGGGGGGAAAAGCACUUUACGUUGACUUUCUGUUGUUGUUGUUGCGAUGCUGGAGUAGGAUAGCAGAGUGUAACAAUCAAGCACUUUAACCAAGCACUACUUUAAUUUGUGCCUCCUGUUGUGACCGUGAUUUGUUACACGCCUGUAGCAAGUCACAACCUGUCCUGUGAUAACUGUGAUGGUAAUCCUUUAUGUUGUUCUCUGUUUCUACUGUAAAAACUCAAUUGUAAAUAACUCUGUCAAUGAGCGUUUCCUGACCUAUCUCUGAGUACCUGCCGGGGCAUGUAACGAUCUGCACGCAGCAGGUCCAGGGACGUGCUGAGACACGGGACGUGGGAGCAGAGGCGCACAGGCGGGAGGAAGACCCCCGAGCCGCUCGAGCCCGCAGCAUUUUGUUCCUACCUAUUGUAAAAACAAAAGCCGUUGGUUAGUCCUGAAUGUAAACGUCUGUCCGUCCUAGCUGUAGAGUACUUCUGUCUGUAAUCCGUAAUAGUGAAUGCAGCAUGUACGGACAAAAGCAAUAAGCACAUAUAUGUUUUAGGAACUAUUAUGGGUUACAGUGAUAGCUUUGUUAGGUCUCUCCUUGGCACAAAACUGUACACACGUUGGCAUUAACUCUGCUCUGCUCAGCCGACCCCAUCCCCGGGUGGUGGGACACAGCCCGAGGUACCCGCUCAGAAGUCGUCCUUGUGUCGCAGCAAGGCGAGACCCUGGGGAAGGCACAGUAAGACCUGAGCCACCACCUCAGGAAUUAGCCUGCUAGCAGAGAAAGAGACCUCGUGCCAUGCCAAGAGUGACACGGGAGGCACUCAAAGUGAGUCCAAGGCACCUAUGUGUGCAAGUGAUACUCUCCAGAGUAUUUACACAGGGCCAAUUCCUGAGGUUCAUUAACUUUUACUCUGCCUUCCCUCAGCCAACACCACCGUUCCUCUGAGUGGGCUCUUUGCCUGGUGAAGGACUUUAGGAUUUGGCCAUAGUAUAUACAAGUGUACUUAGAGGAACCUGUGUAUUGCUGAGAUAUUAGUUAAGAUCGAGUCGUCACAAAAAAAGUCAAGUGACUUUCCAGCAGAUAAGCUUUAAAUACUGAUUUAUUCUGUGGCUUUCCGAGGCCAUGGAGCAGCAAUGAGAAAUCUUAAAGAAAACAGUCUUAACAUAAUCUCUAUGUUUCAGUGAUCAUUCAUGUCUGCCAUCAGCACAAAUGUAAAAAGAGGAAAAAUCAGGGAAAAAUUUUUUGAUAAAGUAAGUAAUAGUGAAUUCCAAGUUAAAUAUUUUUAGAGCUGAUGCUUUCACAUGGGAAAAAAAAGUCAUAUUUUACAUUUCACAAAAGUGAACGUAUUUAAAUAUAGCCAUAUAGUGUAGUAUCUACCACACUCUCAUCCAAAUUAGUGUAUUUGGUUAUAGAUGGCACUGACAAAAAUGUAUAGAUCAACAAUUCUAUCAUUUUAUAACUGAUAAUCAACUGGUGCAACUCUCCUUGUAACCAAAGGCCCUCUGUCUGCCUUGUGUGAUCACUCAUGACACACACCUUAUAUCAUCUAUUUAGUCCUACCUUUAAAGUAGCAUUUUAUUGAGUCACUUUUGAAAGCCAGAUUCAAAAGUAUCAUUAAAAAUCUACCUUUUAAGUCUGAAUAGCCAAAGUCCUAUAGAUUUCUUAUAGAAAGCAAAUAAUUUAAAAUUAAGCAUAUAAUAUGCUUGAAGAGCAUUUCUUUCUUAUCUGUGUAUGAAGAUGUAGCUCUCAUUUUGUGCCCAGUUAAAAAGGAAGUAUGUUUAAUUUAUUUUAAUGAAAUAAAGUCUGAAUAUGAAGUAUGUAUCUAUAUAUGUGUGUGUGUGCAUAAUACACAUAUAUAUAAUGUAAGCACUGGGAAAUCUACUCUGACAUAAAGCUAUGAUAGACUAAAUCUGUACUCAUUACAAAAGGAAAGGCAGUGCUUUGAAAACAUAACGCUCACCAAAUCCUAUAGACACUAGAAAGACGAUUUCAUUUUAUAGUUUGUUUGACACGUUUCCCAAAGCUCAUAACAGUUGGGGAAAAUAUGCAAUAUCUCUUGCAUCGAGCUAAAGCGUGCAGUUUAAUCACUGAUAUUUGGCAUUCAGGUCUGCGAAUUUACUGUGCAUCAUGUAUCAAGCAAGCUGACAGAGUUUCACCUGCUGCUGCAGAAGACAUCAUAUCUGAAAGGACUAUGUAUGUGUGAUGUCUGCGCUUGCUUGUACCUUACGCCAUCAACAUAGUUUUUAAUACAUAUAUAUAAAUAUAUAUAUAAAUAUACAUAUGCAGAAGGAAUGGGUGCAGUUUUCUUAACCAGGAGGCAAAGAUCCUUUGAGUUUUAGCCUUGAACAUGGGAAAACAGCAGUCACAUUGCAGUAGAUUUCUCAGUGCCUUUUCUUAGAACCUUCACCUAAGCACACUUACAGAACAACAAAAACAAAACAAAAGAGUCUCCUGUGAAAUCCAUGUUUUUCUAAGAGCUUUGGAAGUCAAUAAAGGUAGAAGAAGGAAAAAAAAAAUAAAGGAGGAAAAGAAAACCCGCGGAACGCACAUUCCCUUCCUGAACAUGCCGUGUGUCAAAUGCCGGGGAAUAUCUGUCUGUGCAAGUCACGCAGAAACACAUCCGAGGCGGUCGGUUUCUUUGGCAACUAUGGCUGUGAUAAACUGUAGCCUUUUCUUCCCUUGCAGCUAAUAAGAUACACAUUUCUAAGGAAAACAUAUUCUCUUCUGUAAAAUUGUAAUGUAUUGUUAAUAUUUGUACCUAUUGUAUAUUUAUGUCUUGACAGAAUUAUGACUGGUACAGUUUAUAGUAAAUAACAAGGGUAUUUAAAACUCAUCACAAAGACAAGGUUUCUAAAGCCAAGUUCUCUCUCUCUGUCGGUAAGCUCCACAUAAGAUGAUCUCCAACAGUUUUUAACGCCUCAUUUUAAAGUGAAUAGUAGAAUUACUGAAUAAAGUAGCCAAGCAAUUGGCACCGAUGCCCUCCUGUGCAGCUCAGUCGGGAGCGAGAUGGGGAGGUGGGCUUCCCCGGUGACUCCAAAUUAACUCCAACUUCUUCAUGUUUGGUCAGUCACUUCUGCUUACGGUAAUGAGACCGAACAAGUGUUACCUUAGGUUGCUUUAGGAUCACCCACUUGGGGAGAAUAUGGCUUUAAAUAGUUCUUGAAUAAAGUACAGAUGUUCUAGUUACUUCUGUACCUCCUGUUUGCCAUUGUGUUGGCUUUAUAAGUAUCUGAUGUAUGGAAAAGUCAUGUGACUUUCAUGCAUUCCAGAGUAGUCUAUUUUUCUGUUCAGAUUUAAAAAAAAAAAAAAUUAUAUAUAUAUAAAAAUAUAAAUAUAUAUCUGUAUUUUUAGCAAAUUUAUAAUAGGGCAAUCAAGUCAGAUUUCUUCUUUUUGUAUUACAGAAUAAUAUAUUAGAUGCUUUCUUGGUGUCCAUUUACAUAGCUGAUCCCCUAACCUUUCUGUUGUCGCUAUUUCUUUUGUCCUGAAAAACACCUGCAACAUUCCUCCUGGAAGUGCGUCUGCGAAAGGUCACUGAGCUGUCUGAUGUUGUCGUGUUCUCGUGUUUUCCUGUUUGUGGCACUUCGAAAUAACCAGGGACUGGCUAUGGAAACUAGGAUGUUCCUUCUGAGAAACAGAGGGGGCCAGACUCUGCCCUCAGCUAUGGCAGCAUAAAUGCCAGUGAAUGAAUGCCCCUGGCUUCAGUGCUAGCCACAGCCUGGACUUCAGUGUUUUUCCAGAUUUAUGUCGAUUAAGCAGAGAGCAUAAAGAAGAGACGGGGUUUGAAUCUGACUGUCUCAAUAAUUGUGAUGGAGUUGGGAUAAGCAUCAAAAUUCAGGCUCUUAUUGUAAGGCAGUGACCUGAUGAUGCUCAGGCAAAGCUCCCGCCUUCGGGGGAGUUUUUCCUGAGUUAAAACAGACGGGUCAAGACUUUCAUUUUGCACUGGGCUUUGGAAUUUCUAUUUUCAGUCCCAGACAACAUCAGGAAACGAGAAAACAAAAUUAUGGGGGAAUGAAAAACCUGGAUGUAAGCGUUGAGAAAGGGACUGGAUUUGGAUUUGGUUAUGGUAAAGUCUGUCCAUGUAUCUGCUUACUGAACAAUCUUUCUUGCUCCUUUAUAGAUGUACCAUCACAUACAUUGAAUAAAAAGCCCAUGAGAUAAAUACUCCUCCUGAAGCUAUCUCAUGGCCUGUUGAAGUUCAGCAUGACAAAGAGCUUCAGACCAGCUCUGCACAAACAUUUCCUUUUGAAUCCACUUAACAAUCUGGUCAUUGACCAUGGGUUUUUUUCCAAAGAUGGAGUUUUGGUCCUAUCUCCUUUUGUUUGUUUCUGUGAUUUUCUUACAUGCACGACACGCCAGCCAAUAAACCCAAAACCGAAUUAAUUUGGGAAAACGUGCUUCAGAAGGCACAGAUGCCACCUGAAUGAACAGAACAACCAGCAGACAAAGUUUUGCAUUUGAUUAUGUAUCAGCAAGACCCAUUCACACAUGGAGGUAUUAAAGCUGGCUGGGCUUUUUCUUUCUCUAAAGGCAGUUAACGCAGUAGCCCACCAUACCUACCAUCAACGGUCACAUAAAUCCCUUCAAAAGGCAUUUUCCAUAUCAGUAAGCAUGUUUGAGCUUAGUCAACAAAACCACAGAAAGCUUCUAGUCAGACCAGUCUUAAAUUCGCCCCCGCAGGUAGCCCUCCCACAGCACAACAGAAACAACCCAAAUACCAACCUUCUAAGAAGACAUGGUUAUUUUCCAGCAUGUGUUUCGCACCCCAUGCUGAUGAGAUUCAGGCUCUUGCACUGACACUUUGCCUUGGCCGGACAAAGGAAACCUUAGGAAAAACUGAAAGUCUGCAUUCAGGACGUGAUCCCCUUUGUUGCUGGUGUUACCUAAGCCACAAAUAAGUGUCCUUUGACACCAAUGGUAGGGUGCCACAAGUGUUCAUAUCUGUAAAUACUACUCAGAAUUUUGCUUUGCUUGAUUCUGGCUUCAUCGCACAAGAAGUUUUCAGUCUAGAGGCUUAGAAGAGAAAGCUUCAUUUUUCUUUUUAACUAGAAAUAAUACUAUUGGUAUUCUGUAGGACUGAACAACGAUUAACCUUUGACAGUUUUAAAGGGGUCUUUUCAAGACUGUAGUGACACUACCCUCAAAAACUAAUAAUCUGGCUGGGCUCAGUACAAAGACCCUCCCAAACUAGAGCCUGGUGGAAACCAGGGAGCCAAAUUUGCACAAAAUGCCAAAUUCUUUGCUGCUAUAAGUAAAAGCCCACUGAGGUCAAUGGAGCUGUGCCCCAUUUAACCCACUAAUGAAUUUGGCUCCGUAUCUCUAAAAGCUAAGAGAAAACUAAAAGCUCUCUAUGACCUCAGGGCUGGAGGUGUCUGUCCACAGCACCUACAAGGAAACCAGUAGGGUGAGGGAACUGGAAACAGAGACAGGUCAGUGAAAGCCUGGGAAAGGAAAGAAUCCUUUAGGCAAGAGGAUGAUCAUCAUGCUAUCCCAAUCUUGACUGAGCAUCCCUCCAUGUCAGCUCACUCUUCAUGGGCUUGAUGCCACAAGUGGCAUCCCAAACUCACAGAUGACUGUCCCUACAGCAGUCCCAACAAGCUCAGCCACAUGGUUCACUCUCAGCCUUCAGUCCAGCCCUCAGCUGCUGGGAGGACACUACUGGCAGAGGCGCCAUCGGUUACCUUUAAUUGUGAGGCAACCUCUGGACCUAUUGGUAAUCUUCAUUUAAGACCAUUUUAGGAUUCAUCAGUUCUUCUCUACUCUCUGUAUUUCAUUUAGCAGCUCUGCCCUUUAUGCCUCUUCUAUCUGUUACAUGUCACUGCAUCAAAGUACUAUUAGCCACUCACUGGCUCACACGACCACUGGGAUUUGUUUUGUCGGCUUGUGGCAAAGAUGGAGAACCUUUGUUUCCCCAUUCUUUCUGGCUUUUUGGCUGUGGGUGCAGAAGAUUGCUUUUGCAUUGAAACAUUCCCCACUGGUGGGUUUGGCUGGGAGGGUUUGGGGAGAGCAGCAUUUCCAUGUUCCCUUGAACUCUGAAGCCAUGACUCUGCAAUCAGAAAGGCCAGCCACAGCUACCAACCAAACUCACUUUCCAACUAGAUUAGCAUGAAAAAAUACACCCCAACUUACUGCAGCAGAAUCCUGCUUUCUAAAUCAGGCGUGAAGCAGUUCCUGAAUGGGGAGAAAACACUUAAUGAGGCACUGUUGCAAGUGCUGUUUAAUAACAACUCCAUGCCUACAGAAGGAUGCCAGGUGGUGUUUGGCUGUGCUGCACAUUGUGGCUGCUCAGUGCUUCACAGGGCUGGGGAACAGCUCAGGUCUUCCUUCUCCAAAAGCACAGGACAGCUGCUGGGCCUGAAGAGCAGCCCAUGAGCCCUGGGCAAGGGCUUCCCAGUGUCAUCUCCAAAGGGCAGCAGUGAGCAUCCAUAGUCACUGAAAGAUAAGAAAGCUGCAGGGCUCCCUUUAAAAUAAAAAUGUGAUAUUUAACAACAGAUAAAACCUGGGAAAAUGUAAGUUUCCUGUGGCUCUGCUAGUACAUGUUGAUCGAAUUGCUUCUGUCUCUGGAAAUUGAAACUGACUGUGACCCAGCUUGAGAAAAGGCAGAACACGACAGGUUUCUCCAUUGCCUUGCACUUCAGUUAGUUUUUAACCUGUGCAAUGGGGAAGCAAUGGGGAAUCCAGUUCCGUGUGUCUGUAAUGAAGGGCAGUGCUUCGUGCCUCUGCCCAACAGCCCAGCCACUCCUGCACGACUUGCACAAUCUCUUCGUUGGGUUAUAUUGGAUCAAUCCAAGGGGCAAUGCGUCAGCAGAUGUUUUCUCCCCUUUUAAGCAAUGUUUCAAUACCCUGGCACUCUGGGGCGAUUGCAGCAACAUUAGCCAUAUACUGGUGUACUUAGAGUCUAACAUUUUUUGUACCUUUGAUUUAGUCAUUCUUUGUUGAAGUUUCUUGACCUCUCCAGUUGUUUCCGUAAACAAAUUAUUACAAAAACUAAUAAAAAUCAGUGUCUUGAUAUGCAUGUAGUAGUAUGAAACUGUGAUCAAUGUGUGACAUUCAGAAACUGUACUGUCUUGUAAAAUAUGUCCAAAUGUCUAAGGAUUUUAAAGCAAUGGUCCCUUACUACAGACUACAGAAAUAAAUAAAAAGGUAUGGAUAAAACCAAAA